AUGUGGAACGUGCAUGGCAAGAAGAUCAGGGCGCGGCAUCAGAGUCAUUCUGCACACUGCAUCGCUGCUGUCACACUGCAUUUGAACGCUUUGAAGGCCAUUGACCCGAACGUCACACGCUAUCUCGAAGACAUCGAAGACCACCUCAAUACUUUUCUGGAGGAGGUCAGCCGCAUCAUGGGCGUUUGCAACUCCUUGAGGGACGAAGUGAACUCCUACCGAGAUCGGCAACAGCAGAAGGUGCUCUACGUUUUGACCCUGGUAACGACCCUGGUGAUGCCCACACACCUGCUCACCGGCAUCUUUGGGAUGAACUGGCAAGAUGAGGAGGGUAAGCCUGUGGUGCCCGGGCUUGGCGUCAUGGAGGAGAGCCGCGGCUACUUCCUGUUCUGGGGUCUCGCGAUAACUCUGACGGCAUUGAUCUGGUUCACCUUCUCGCGAGUCCUGAAGUGGAUCUAA